UAGAACUGUCUCAGAGGUAGUAGUUGUAAGAGUAGGAGGACGAAGAUCGAGGGGCAAAGGAGGUAGCUGAAGAGGAGUAGGAUAAAAUGAAGUUGGAAGAGGACAAGAAGAAGCAGGAGAAAGAGGUUGGGGAGGGGGAGGAGGAGGAGGACGGGGCACUCGAGAGAAAGAAAGGGAGAGAGGAAACAAUCAUUCCGAACAGGAUGGAGUUCUUGCUGCGGCGCCCAGUUAACGUGCAGGCCAUCAAAUUUACUCUUCUUUCUGAUGGUUAUGGGUAUGGGAGUGUCAAGUGGACGCCUGUUUUCUUCUUGUCUAUGUGGGAGUCCAUGAGACGAGGUGAGACACCCACUAUGGAGAAGCUCCGAGAUCAAUGGCCGAGCGUUCUUGACUGUUUUUUGGACAAGCUGACUUUAUCAACUUUCCGAAAGCGCUAUUUGCCAAGGGGUAGAAAGAUAAUUAAUACUGUUACAGUUCAACCGGCAAGUGUAAAGUAUUGUGAUGACAGUGUUGCAGAGUGGGACAUCUCUGUUUUGCAGUGGGUUAAGGAAUGGGCAGGGAUCUGCAUGUUCUCUUUGGGAAAAAUAUUGACAUUGCAUGCAGCUCGGCUUGUACAUGUAAAGUGUAUUCGAUUUUUGCGUAUGCAGACGAUAUUUCAAGAGCAUUUUCUGGUUCAGCUUUGCGAUUUUCUUAAGGAGACAACCUGUCAAGUUAAGUUGAUUGAGUUCAGCGAGUGCGACUUCCGUGACUCGCCGCGUGCCGGUUGUUUGCUUGGGGACAUGUUAGCAAACAACCAUUCCCUCAAGCAUUUCCUGUUUGUUUUCUGUGAAAUGGACUCUGACGGAAAGUCCGAGUUAGUUGGUGGCAUGACAAAGAGCAAGAGCUUGCAAGAAUGUGAGCUGUUGGGGACUACACUGCGAUUGCCGGCAUUAACGUCACUUGUUGAUGGCCUGGCAUUCUUGUCAGCAAUAAAAGGCAUGGAAGAGACAGCAGAUUACACGAACGGUGUGCCUUCGCUUCAGAAUCCAUGUCAAACUGGGGAGCUAGGGAUUCAUCAAAUGGAGGUGACCGAGGGAAAGAUGAUGGCGUUUCGCUCGGACGUGAAUGCUGUGCAGGAUAAGCUCCGUCAUGGCCACCUUGGACUCCAAAAACUCACUCUCAGUCUGCCUCCCAGCAUGACCAUGUAUCACCACUCGUUUGACAAAGAAGCGAGAAAAGUGCUUGCAACACUUGUCAGGUUGUUGAGGAAAAAUGACAGUCUGAAGGAGCUGCACAUCAAAAGCCCCUUGUGCACUGAUGAGAUCAUAACGAUUCUGGAAGGUCUCAAGGAAAACACGUUCUUGGAACAUUUCGACUGCCUGGACCAACACAGGUCGUUAUCCCUGUCACAGAGAGCGCGUUUAGUGUCUAUCCUUGACCAUAAUGUGACUCUGAGAUCUCUGGGCGCAUUUGCCAGAGGAGAUGCGGUAAUUGCCCGGAAGUUACGGCGGAACUUUUGGGAGCAAAGUGUACUGAAAGUUACUGGAUCUGUGGAGUACACAUGUGGCAGGCACAUGCGAUGCUUCUUGGCAGGCGACCCCCAUGCGGGCAAGACAACACUGAAGAAUUCCAUCGGUAAGAGCAAAUUUGAGUCCAUCGUCGAAAAGGCCUCUAGAUGGAUGGUUGGCCCACAGGAGGGCGUCGGUGACGGUGGCAAUUCGCGAACAAGAGGAAUCGAAAUGACCCAUGUCGCCCAGAAGCGGAGGAGAGAGGAGACCAGCAUAAUUCUCUGGGACCUUGGUGGCCAGGAAGAGUAUCAUGGCAUACACGAUCUCUUUAUGCCCACGGUUGGUAAGAACAUGGCUGUCCCUCCUUUUUUUGUCUUAGUAUGUAAUCCUGUGGAGGAGGCACUAUCGUCAAGCCCAGUGCAAUGGAAAUCGCUCCAGGACAUGAGGAUGCGACUGAACUACUGGCUGAGAUUCAUCGCUGCAAACUCUGGCCCCGUGCGAAAACCACCUGUGGUUUUGAUCUUCAAUCCUCAUUACCCAUUGCCCUCUUCUGGUGGUUUCACUAGCCAGGCAAAGGCACUAUGGGAAUGGGCGUCGUUAAAAUUUCAGAGCGUCCUGGACAUUCAAGACAAGUUUUUCAUCAUCGAUGCACGCUCGAGGAAGGAUGCAAAAUCCGUCAAGGAUUUCCUUUUCACCCGAGCAAAUGCAAUUCUGAAGGAGUGCAAAGUGUUGCAGGUUAUGGACAGCGUUUUGUCUAAUAUCGUUGCAUUGGCAAAAGAAACACCUCUCGUCUCUUGGGAUCAGUUUGACGGCCUGUGUCGCUCCGUGGCUUUUCCGGAUCGACUGAGAGACGACCAGCUUGGGCGAAUUGGGAAGGUCUGUGAAUCUGAUCUGUCACGGAUUACGAGCAGUUAUCUGAAAAACUUACCACAGGUUGUGGCUCAGUAUCUUCACGACAUUGGGGAUGCCAUCUGGUUUGAACCCAUGCCGUUUGUGGUUGUGAAGCCGCAGUGGUUUUGCAGUCAGGUUGUCGGGGAGCUCAUUCCAUCAGCGUUCCAUGAGUCUCGAGUUUCUAGUGGGAUAGCGAGCCUCAAGCUCUUGGAAUCCAUCCUUUCUGGAACUGUACCAUGUGGAAAUAGUUUUGUCAGUGUUCAAGACUUAGUGGAUCUGAUAGUGAAGAUGGAGCUCGGUUACAAAGUCCUUCACAAUGGUGAGAUGAGCAUGAUGAUUCCUUCAUGUCUUCCCGAUCGACGAAAUGCGGAAGGGAUCAAAUGGCAUAUCGAGCAAGAGGACAGCGCUGGAGAAAAUGGUUAUUUCGGGUUUCGGAUCGAGUGCAAAGACAAGGAGAGAACAAUGCUGACUGCUGGGUUCUUUCAUCAUUUGCAGGUCAGAUUGCAUGAGAAACUCAAAGAUUGUGCCGAGUACACGAUAGAGAAAGACUUGACUCACAUCACUCUAAAAGGAUCAUCAUCAUCAGGAAUGGAGAUCUUUGUGGAAUUUUCAGGGAUGGACGAUGACUGGAUCGACGUGAUGGCAAGCAGCCCGUCUAGCAAACGAGACCCCGCAAGAGCGUGGGUGGAGGCUAACAUCCUCGAAGAAGUGCACAGACUUUGUGAUGAUGAGCCAGUCGGCUUACCUGGUGUCGAGCUGGUGAUGAAAGUCAUCCGUUCGGAUUGCGUGGAGAAGUUGGUUGCGCGUCAAUAUCGUACCGACUCUCAGGUGGUUGAGGAAGCUAAGGUUCUUGAUGCAAUCAAUCUUUGGGGGCUUGACUAUGUCUACAACUGGCCUGCGGUCCGUCAAGGUGGUUACUGCCAAGCGCUACCUGAAGCGGAGUGUCGGGGACUGGACCUGAUCCGGCCAUCGGUAAUUAAGGAAACCCUGUUUCGUCACGGAUGGGAACUUCGUCGCUUGGCGAAGGACUUGGAGCUAGAGCACGUUCUUGCAACGGACGACCGGUUGGAAGAUCAGCUUGCGGAUCUUGAUUCGAGCAUGUGUCACCCUGUGACAUACAGAGCUGCUUCGCCGCAGCACGAGGAUGACGAGAUUGCUGAGGAUGCGGAUCGCCCGAUCGCCGCGACUUCUAGGCGGCCAUUGUGGAGCACUUAUGAUUUCCUGACGACCAGGCCGUUUGAGAACGACGACCGAGCUCAGUCUCAGUCGAGUCUUCAGAGAAUGGAUGGGACGAUGACAGACGUGGAGAGUGAACUGAGAUCCCUUCUGCAGGCUCAGAAAAGAAUAUAUCCCAAGAUAUGUGAAAAGGUGUUCACAGUUUUGCACCCGGCGGCAGCAGGAGUCGAGAAACAGAACGUGCGGCAACUGCCACGUCUCCUCUAUUUCACGGAACGGGAAGGGAACACGGGGAAAAUUGCAUCCUGGUUCGGACAUCCAGUCGGAGUUCGUCUGCUCCGACUUCAUCUGAUGUGCGAGUCGAGGAGUCAAUGCCAUGUCGUUGGAGGGCAGCCGGGGAUGGAGGUAUGGGUCCCCGAGAAGGAGAGACAGGCACUAUGGGUGCUGCUGAGACCGACGGUACUGCUGAUGACUAUCUUCUUGAUAACCGGGUGCGGAUCGUUGGCAAGCCUACACCUCCUCUCCCAGGAGAUUACAUCUCUCAGCCGCGAUUGGUCGUCACUGAUCGCCACACAAGGUGCCCAGGCUGCAGGUACAGCUGCAGCCGCCGCGCUAGAAGCUGAGCGGGCCGUGGAAGACUUCAAGGUUCGACUUUACAGUCGUGGAAUGAAGGCAACGUUCGAGGACGCACCAGGAGACGAGGAAUUGAAGAUGAAGGAGGCGGUUUUGUGGCUGGAGAAAAUCUUUGCAGGUGGGGCAAGGAUGAUCGGACGAAAAUUUCAUUUAUCAGUCGUCCGCUAUCGGGACACAGGCGCAGUUGCGUGGAUUUGUGAUGGGUGUCUCGCAGCAGCUCACAACGGAGUGGAGCUGGUAAUGUAAACCCUUCUUCUGUAUAAUACUGUGUACAGUUACUGCUUGUGUAUUUCCAAUCCAAGAAUCGAACACACAACCAACGGCUUGCCAUGCAGAUACCUAACCAAUAGGUUAAGUGGGAUCGUCAGGGGCAGGUAUGUGAAUUCUCUCUUGCUCAAAUUGUUGCCUUCUUUGAGAGAAUCAUGGAGCAACCCCUCCUUUGAUCUUUUGCAGGACAACUUCUUCUUCUUCUUCUUCUUCUUCUUCUUCUUUCUUUCCUUUCCUCUUUUUCCCUUUUCAAAGAAGGGCGACGACCUUGAAAUAUCAUCAUUCGAACUGAGCGGCCGUAGGUAAUUCAGAAUGACAGAGCUUCUUCUUCUUCUUUUUGUAGAAUAGUUUGCAGACUUUGUUCUUCUCCACUCUGCCUAGUUUCCUUCUUGCUUUCCAUGCGGACUGCUCUUCGUCACACAGACGAAUGGUCGGCAGACUCGGCACAAAGAAUGCGCAUCACGGAAGACUGUGCCUGGCUCUUAACACUGAGAGUGUUUUUUUUUCAAUUCACAGAAUGCUUGAAGCAGAGUGUAGGGGUGUCACUCACCGGGGAGGACGGCAGUAGUCUGGCAGCCCAAGUCUUUUUGGGCUCAGCACAGUCAUGGAUUGACUACCCACUUGUUAGUUAGGGAAAGGCCCCACAUGUCUAUGUCUAUGUAUCUAUGCCCCUAUGCCUACGUCUAUCUCGAUGUCUAUCUUGCGGUAUCCAGUAGCAGAUUUUCAACAUCACGUUGAAAUCAGCUAAAGCAUAGAGUUUUUUUUUGAAGUUUUUUUUUUUUUUCUUCUUCUUCUUUUUUUUUUUUUUUGCUGAAGCUCUAUUUCAUUUUGUUUGUACUCGAUGUUAAAUAGUAAAUACCCAACAAGAAG